AUGAAGAACAAGAGCUAUCAAAUGAAGGACUCAAUUGCCUUCCAUAAAAGAUUGAAAUUUGACCCAUAUAAGACAAAUGAGACAGUUUAUAAUGUAAUUAAUACCGGUAUAAAGAUUAAUAACUCAGAAGGUCAUAUACCAAUCCUUUUAUCUUUAGAACCACAGUGGAGUAUUGAUGAUUUAUCUAACAAAAAGUCAAAACAAUCUUAUACAGACAUUAACUUCAAUAUUCAUGUGAGUAUUACGUGCAAUACUAACGAUAAUGAAGAAUCAAGGUUUAAACAUUUAGAAGAUUUAUAUGAACAAGAUAACGAUGGUAUAAAUUUGAGCUUUGAAUCAGCCAGUGACUUCAAAUCAAGCAAAACGGAUGGAAUAUCCUUACUUUCAACUUCUACUUCUUUAUCCCCUAUAUCUUUACAAUUAUCAUGCCCUGAUAAAAGUAUGUGUAGGAUUAUAGAGGACUCAUUAGAUGAUGGGUGUAAAGACUUGAAUAUGAUAGUAGAUAAACAAAAUUUUGAAAAUACCGAACUCAUUAGAAAAAAAGAGUUGAUGAAAAGUAAUCUACGUAGGCAGUUAUUGAGUAACCCAUACUAUGAUAUUUGUAAAAAUCCAGAGUGGCCAUUUGUAAAGAAGAGAAGUAGAGUUAUUUCUAGGAGUUCGAAAGGUUCAGAUUUGUCAUACAAAAAAGAUUAUACUCAAUGUAUUAAAUCUUCAGGACAAAAAACUACUAUAGAGGGGAGUAAGACUGUAAAGGGACGCUCAAGGCAAUGGCUUGAGUCAUUAGCAACUUUAUUUGAUGGUAUAUAUACACAAAGAAGUAGUUUAGGACGAAGCGCAGGCCUGGGACUUUUUUCCGAUCGACAUUUUAAUAGGAAUGAAAUUAUAACAGAAUUUGUUGGAUGGGUAAUAGAUAGAAAUGAAGCUCUUAGAUUAAGAUCUGAACGGAAGGCUAGCCAUAUUUGUGAUUUAAUUAAACCUAGUCUAUAUCUUGAUGGUGAAAAAGACCCAAAACCCUUCAUAGGAGGUGGCUCGUUUGCAAAUGAUGGAAGUACAUCCCUUGGUGGCCCUGGAAAUAAUGCCAGAUUUUGGAAAUGGUAUGAUGAAAGAGAAGGUAGGACACGAGUUUUUUUGAAAGCUCUGCAGGAUAUUUAUCCUAAAGAGGAGAUCUUUGUAGGCUACUGCAAGGAUUAUUGGGUUGAUGUAGCUGAAGAAGACGUAAAACCUAAAUUGCAAAAUACGAAAAAGAUUAGCAAUUUAAAGGCUUUGCAUGAUGCACAUAUCGUCAAAGAUAAGAGAAUUAAUAAAAAGGACUUUACCAAGAGAAACAUUAGCAUUAAAACACAAAAAUAUAAGAAGGUAAAUAAUAUUUCUGAAGUUACAGAAGAUCACAUGAUUUCAAACAAACAAGAUAAAGAGGAGACAAAAUUUAGUGAAGAUAAGGUGACUAUUAUGAAUAGUAAGAAGAGAAUUAAAAGUUCUAAAUUUCAGCAACACAAGACGUCAGAAAUAGCAGAGGCAAACAAUACUGUUGAUUUGCAAAGUAAUAAUACAGACAGUGUUUCCUCAUCCCUCUGGAAUGUAGAUUUUAACUGGGAAACUUCAGAUGAUGAGUGA